AUGGCACCAUCAUUUCAUCCAAGAGAUAGGCAACUAUCAGUUGCCUUUGUAUGUUUGGGCAAUAUAUGUCGAUCUCCCAUGGCAGAGGCUGUUUUCAGGCAUAAAGUGAAAGAAUUAGGCUAUAGUUACUAUUUCAAAACCAUUGAUUCAUUUGGAACUACACGCUGGCAUACUGGCGAGUCGCCUGAUGCGAGAACGGUGCAGACGUGUAGGAAAAAUGGAGUUCCAAUUGAGCACCAAGCACAAGAAAUAAGUCUUAAAGACUUUGACAGGUUUGAUUACAUACUUGCAAUGGACGAGACUAAUUUGCGUGAUUUGAGACAAAUGCAACCCAUUUAUAGUGAUAGUAUUGUUGAAUUAUUUGGUAAAUGGAGGAGUAACAGUCAAUUUAACAAGGUUGUAGGAGAUCCAUACUACGGUGGUAUUAGUGGAUUUGAAUACAAUUUUCAGCAACUAGGUCAUUUUUCAGAGGAGUUCUUAUUGCGAGAGGUUGGAACGUUGGAUUAG